UACCAUAAGUCCUUAGCUUGGUUUUACCGGAGCGAAUCGUUGGGCAAUUACCUCAGUCCGAUGGUAGGGAGUCGAACUCCUUUAUAAGCCUUGCAUGUAGACGUUCCUCGUACACUUCACUGAACUGGUCUUCUCAAGUCUGCAAUCAUGUUCAAGUUUAUUACUCUAUCUUGCCUAUUGGCAGUCAGUGUUCAGUGCAAGAUCUCACAAAAUCAGGCUGUGCCAUACUAUCCCCAACCGUAUCCAGCAGUAUAUCCACAAGUAUACCCCCAAGUUUACUCUGCGCAACCGAAAUACAGCGUGCAACCCGCCUAUGUAGCUGCCGCUUCAUAUCCAACUCCCGGAAGCUAUAGACAAGUCUUUGUACCAGCUAGUCCUGCCUACAAUCCUUAUUAUUAUGGAUACGCUCCUUACCCAGCCUAUUCUCAAGCUCAGCAGUACCCAUAUGCUUACGUUCAAAAUGAUGGAACCCAGCCCGCUGGAGCUCAACCUGGUUGGGGAGAAUACUUGUCAAACAGUUUUUGGAGCUAUGUACCAAACUUCCCUUAUGUGACGUCUGGAGCUCAAUCACCUACGGAAGCAGAAAGCGGCGCGUCUACUGCUACUGCUGCUGCAACCUCUGAAUCUUCAGCCGAAAACACAAAUUCAGGAAAAGGUGACAAACCAGCUGAAGGAUCCAAAACAGAACAACCUGCUAGUGACGAACAACCUUCUCAAUCACCUUCUAAACAAUUCGCAGCAUAUCCUUUACCAUACUUCGCUCAACCCCAAUUCUAUGGACAAGCACCUUAUCAACAAGCUGUCUAUGAUCCAGUUAAAUUGAAUGCAGCGAAUAAUGGCGCAGUUUCAAGUUUUCUUUUUCCCAGAAGUCAACUCCAAUCUGUAUUCCAACAGCCACAACCGUUUGCUGAUCAAAAAUACUACCAGGUCCCACAAUCUAACCAAGGUACCGCAGCACAAGCUUACCAGAAAUACUUGCAGUCCCAAAAACAAAACUUCCAGGGACAAUACCAACUAGGACAAUUCCAACAUCAACAACAAGAUCAACCGUUCCAACAACAAGCGGAAUCAUUCCAACAACAAUAUGAACAACAACCUCAGAAAGACGAAUCUUCUGUUGUUGUAGAUUCUAAUGUAACCGGACUCCAAGUCAAUUCUGAAGGCCAACAGCAACCACAAUCUAAAGUAGCCACAGGUUCGAACUAAUUUGGAGCUUUUACCCGACUGAAUUAUUUUAUACAAUAUUCCAAUUCAUUUAUAAUUUUAUAAUUUUAUUUUAUAUAAUUAAUGUUAUUUAAAAUCAAUAUACAUAUGGUAGUAACGUGAGCAAGUUCGAUGCACAUAAUACUAUUAUUAUGAUAUAGAAGCUGAGUUAAAAUACAAAUUUAUUGUCAAAUAAUAAAUAUUUCGAAAAUAUCCUUGUAUUUUAAAACUACUUUUUUUCAAUGUGUAAUACAAAACUAUUGAUUAAUAAAAAAAAAUGUAUUUA